CAUCGCCGUGGCAGAUCGCUUCGCUGCCCUCGUCUGCGCUCGUCUCCGCGUCCUGCCUCCGCCCUGGCCUCGCCUUUUUGGGGAUUCCUUCCUGAAUCCGCUUCCAGCCAGCUCGACCGAGCCCUCCCUGAACACCAUUGCCACAAAUGAAGGCCUUCGAGGCACCCGAUGCCAAUUGGAGCAGCGCCGACCCUGCUGGGCUGUCCCUCAACGGGCUCCUCGCAACGAGCGAGCCGGCCCCAUCCGCCGAUGCCACAGAUGCGCACAAGGAAGCUGUCGUAGCAACCAGUCUCGACGAGGCAUCCGCCGCCCAGACCAAAGCCGCCGCCGCUCCCUCUGCUUCUACCUCUGCCUCUGACUCUGCCGCCCAUGCAGCCUCGCGAGUCCAUAUCCGGGACUUUGCUUAUGCAGAGAGCGACCCUCGCCACUGGACCAACAACCACUCGCAUAGUCCAGGGCUCGACAGUGACGAUGAUCCCGAGUAUGGGCCGGCCGAUGAGGAACUGUUCUCUUCCGAUGUCGAGGAAGACGAUGUCAGCCCCGGCUCCGGCGCCGGCACUGGCGCCGGCACCGCCCACAUUCUCAACAGUAGCGGCCAGCCGCUGAGCAAGCAUAGCAUCGAUCUGAAGCGAGACAUUGCUCCGAUGCUGGCGCAUUACCUAAACCAGGACUCGACCGAGCACCCGUCUGAUCAGCUCGAUUUUUACUGCGUCAAGGCCGCCUUUGAGUUCUCGAAGGUAACCGAGUGGGAGAUGUCGAUAAAGGAAGGCAACGAGCUAAUUGUCGCUGAGAUUGUGCCACGGAAGCAGCCGCAUGUUCCCGAGACACAGACCCCUCCGACGAGCCUGGAAGCUGCCAAGCAUGUCGAUGGCAGCGCCAAUGCUGCUACUGCUGCUGCUAUUCAUACACCCGAAUCGGACACGCUUUCGGCCAAAGCCCCGAACUCAACAGCCCAACCGGCUGCGGCAGCCUCCGACCUUCCAGCCAGCACAAAUCACUCCUCCGGCCUGCCUUCGGCCAAGCGCGACUCACUACGCGGCUCGGAGCCGACAAAUCUCAACACUGGCAAUAAUGCCGGCCAGUCCGAAGAACGGGACCGGUGGGCGAGCGUCGACGAUCUCGACGAAAGCGGCAUGGGCGCACUCGUGGACUCGGGCAACUCGGUCGACUCGCAGCACAACAUCCUGGUGAGCAGCGAUCCCAGCGGCGACAGCGACAUCCAAGCGCUAUUCCCGUUCAAAGAAGUCGAGUUUGAGCCCGAAGCCAGUGUCAUCGGGACCAAGCUGCGCGAGUUUGUUGGAUACCAGAAGGCCUAUGGCGAGGGCUGGCUGACGGGCGUCAAGCUGACGAUCCGCGGGUCGCAGGCCCGGGUCAAGAUCAGACUGCUCGACUUGGGACUGAUCCCCGGAAACUAUGUGCAAAAGCUCUGAUGGUGAAUCUCGGGACUCGAUGCGAUGAUGCAAGGGCACGGAGAAUGACUCUGGCUCAAGCCGGCCGGGCAAUCGCCAAUGUGAGAUAGGCACACGCACAACGGGCAUUCUUCAGCGACCCGGCAGUCGCCAGCGU